CGAAUCCCUCAGAGCCUCACUCCAGCGAGGGCCGAUUCACGACACUUUCCGACAAUAACGCGGGCAAAAUGGCGUCGGCAGGAGUACUUACCGAGACCAAGAAAAUCACAGAAUUACGUGUUAUCGACCUCAAAACUGAGCUGAAACGGAGAAAUUUAGAUGUCACAGGAGUCAAAAACGUUUUGGUGGCGAGACUUAAACAGGCCAUUGAAAAGGAAGGCGGAGACACAGAUAACAUAGAAAUUACAUUAUCUUCAGACACCCCAACAAAGAGAACUCCGAAAGCCAAAGGCAAAAAGCAGGAUGCUGAUGCAGAUGCCACAAUGGAAGAAGAAUCUUUUAGCAAGCAGGAGGCAGAGAGUCUAGAUCAGAAUGGUAGUGACGACCCAAAAGACCUAGAAGAUUCAGGAGACGGUGAAGAUGAAAAUGUCAGUUCUUCCUUUGAGAUACUUGAAAGUAAUCUGGAUUCUGAUGCUUCUGAAUCUAAAGUAGAUAUGGAAUACCUGGUUAAGGAAGUGGAUGAAGAAGAGUCUAGGGAAUUGCUUUCGGACAAUGAUGGCCAUGUCAUUACAGAUGAAGCGGAAGAUGAAGACAAUGAAAAAGAUAUAACAGAUACUGAUGAUGGUUCUUAUGAAAAAUCUAAACAUCUGCCUUCAGAAGAAAGCCUUGCUGAGGCUGAACAAGCAGCUCAGGCUGAAAGGGAAGCCACUGCAUCUGGAAAAGAAGCAGAGGAUGAUAACAUAUCUGUCACAAUCCAGGCAGAAGAUGCCAUCACUUUGGAUUUAGAUGGCGAUGACCUCUUGGAUACAGGUAAAAAUGUGAAACUUCCAGAUUCAGAGGCAAGUAAGGCCCAUGACGAGCCCAGUGCCUCUGCCCAGAUGAGUGAGGAGCAAGGCAAGGAUGUGGAUGCCAAAGAGAAGCAUAAAGAUGGUAAGAAAGAUGACGGAUUGAAGGCUGAACCUCCCAAGAAGGAAACCAGAGAGGGCUCAAAGAAAGCUGAAUUGGGAGAUAAAGAAAAGGAUUCUGUGAAGAAAGGCCCCUCAUCUACUGGGGCAUCAAGUCAAGCAAAGAGUUCUACAAAGGACAAUAAAGAUGGCAAAGCAACUACAAAGGAUGAAAAAGGGGGUACAAGCGGCAGUGCUGGUGGAAGCAGUGGGAGCACAAGUGGCUCAUCCCGCAACCUGUGGGUAAGCGGUCUUUCCUCCAACACAAAAGCAGCGGAUUUAAAAAACCUCUUUGGAAAGUACGGAAAGGUUCUUAGUGCCAAAGUGGUCACCAAUGCACGUAGUCCUGGAGCUAAAUGCUAUGGGAUUGUUACAAUGUCUUCUAGUGCAGAGGUUGCCAGGUGUAUUUCACAUAUUCAUCGCACUGAACUACAUGGACAGCAAAUUUCAGUUGAAAAGGUUAAAAGUGACCCAUUCAAAAAAGAAUCAGCAAAAAAAGAAAGUGAAGACAAAACUAGUUCAAGUAAAACAUCUGGAGAGAAGAGGACAACUACCAAUGUUAAAUCUCAAACAAAAACACAAGUAUCGUCUAAGAAAGAAGAGAAGAAGUCUGAAAAAUCAGAUAAGGAGAGCAAGGAGGUCACAAAGAAACAAGAAGCUAAAGAUGAGAAAACUGAAGCUAAAUCUGGUUCUGGUCAAGCCUCUUCCAAAAAAGAUGACAAGAAGCGUGGAAGUACCAAAAGUCCUGGCAAGAUGGUGGUGAUUGAUCAAACUAAAGGUGAUCCAGUUAAUAGACCGAGACCUCCGAUGAGAAGAGGACGAUUUGACAAGGUUCACCCAAAUAUGAUGCCCAGACGAACCAGAGCAUUUUUUCCUCCUGAAGAGGUGGCAAUAUUGAGAAACAAAGGGAAGUUCUUUCCAAACAACUUUAGAGGAGGGAGACAAGACAUUUUGCCAUUUGAAAAGAUGAAGGAACAAAAGAUGCGUGACCGCCUGGUACGACUGGAGCGCAUUCACCGUGCGGUUGAAUUACGAAGACGACGUGAAAUAGCUGAGCGAGAGCGCCGUGAGCGUGAACGGAUUCAGAUGCUGCGGGAGAGGGAGGAACGAGAACGCUUGCAAAGAGAACGGGAGCGGCUGGAGAUCGAGAGACAGAAGCUCGAGAGGGAAAGAAUGGAGCGUGAGAGGCUGGAGAGGGAAAGGAUACGUAUUGAACAGGAACGUCGUAAAGAGGCAGAACGUAUAGCUCGGGAGCGUGAAGAACUAAGACGCCAACAGGAACAAUUGCGUUAUGAACAAGAAAAGAGAAACACUCUGAAAAGAGCACGAGAUGUAGACCAUAGGCGGGAUGAUCCUUACUGGAAUGGUAAUAAGAAGAUUGAAACAGACACAGACGUCCGCUUAAAUCAUGGCUCUGAGUAUAAUCGCCAGCAGAACCGCUUUAAUGACUUUAGUCACAGAGAGAGGGGCAGAUACACAGAAGGCUCUUCCGUACAGCCUUCUGCAUUUGAAAGACGGGACCAUUUUGAAAGUGAACAAGAUGGCAAGAAGAGCCGCCCUGCUGCCCGACGAGAAAGCUCUGGGUUUGACAACAGAUACACUAAGAAUUAUGACGCCAGAAGAACUGAGCAGCCACGAACAGAAAUCCAUGAUACUGACCGGAGAGUGAUACGGGACAGAGAUGAAAGGAGAGUUGUUCCUAUUCCUGAGAGGCCAGCAGGCAACAGGGGCCAUCCUACAGAGAGAGGCAGAAUAGCAGAAAUUCCUCAUGGUCGCUCCACCAGAGACUCUGGUCCUGGAGGCUGGAAAAAUGAAGUAAUUGGUGACGCAAAAGGAGAUAUAAGAGCAGCUGUUCGGAUGCGCCCUGAGAGAUCAGGAAGAGAUGGUCUUGGACCUAGUGUAAGAGGAGGGACCUCUGCUACCCGCAGCAGAGACGGUGGAAGAGGAAUGGUAAUUGGGGAAAGAGUAAGCAGUUCUACGUCUUUCAGACCCACUCAACAAAAGAAUUACAGUGAAGGGAGACAGGUUGUUGUUGAACGUCAUGGCCGUGACCAAGGUCCAAGAAAAGACUGGCAUGGAACUGGUUCACAAGGGAGUGGCUAUCAAGGUACAAGAAGAAUGGGGGAAAGCCGCGGAAGCAUGAUGUCUCAGCACUCCAGCCACUCUCCACCAGCAAUGAACAGAAUUGUACAGAUCAAUAAUACCAUGCAAGGAGGAAGUGGUUCUGGGUACAAGCCAUUUAAAGGUGGAGCUCCACGGAGGUUCUAACCGCUGUGCUAGUUACAGCUUUCAGGACAAUGUGAGCCUGAAGUCGUCUUCAUUCUGUCAAAGACUGAACAUUCUUAAACAAAACUUAAUAUUACUGUUUUUUUUUUUCUUUCUUUUGUUGCUUUUUCCAGUAGAUGUUUUAAUGACUGAUUUGAAUUUUCAUACAGCACUAAGUUUUAUCUAAAACUGGAAUUCAACCUCUUUGGGUUUUGAAUAAAUUUGCUGCUGAAGAUAAGGCAGGCUGUUGUAUCAUUUACCAGCAGUGGAUACAAUACAGACCUGUGUUGGUGCACAUAAGGAUCUUAACAUCUAUUGAAAACUUGUACAGCUUUAGUGUUUGUUUAGUUUUUUUAUUUAUAAAUUCUGACAUACAUUUGGUAGAAAUGACUGCUUUUUUUUGGGGGGGGGGGGGGAUUACUCUUGUACUGUUAAGUGUGCUUGUGAUUUAUUUGACCAAAAUGUAUUUGAAGUAAACCUAAACAAUGUGUACAGUUAAUUUUGGUUUCCUUUCUACCAAUCUUACUUUUUCCACUUCCAUAUGUGCUGCAUUGUUGGGAGUGACUUUGCUCUUUUAUAAGGGGUGGGAAUGUGUAGGCAGAGCAGCAAGCUGUAUUUGUAUUUUUCUUGUGUCCACAAAUGAACAUUUAAAAAUUCUUACAAAACCACUGUUUUUGGGAAGAGGCCUAGGGCUGAGUGGUAGUGUGGGAACCAGAUCCCGCUCUUAAACCCAAUAACUGCACAUGCCACUGAACAACUAUGCAGUUAUCCAAAACACUGCUUUUCCAUCUACCAGAGACUCUGUUUAAACAAGAUGAUGGAAUGAAUACCUUUUGAAAUUAAUGAAAUCAGAUUCCAUACAAAAUACAUAAAGCAUCAAUUUUAUUACUGAAGCACAUCUGCGAGAACACAGGAUUUUAAUGGCACAAUAGGCUACUUCAAUGUUUAUAAAAUAAAGUAAUGGCGAGACUUAAUGUAUCUAAUGUAAAAAGACAAUCCGCAAUGCUUAGCUCUUGCUCUAUAAAGGAACAAUAUAUGUACUGUA